GGCGGGGGGCGACCUGGAGCUCGAACGACUCCGUGACCCAGCCCCAUAGAUGUAUUCUACGUGGGGGCCUGAGUGUGAAAGGCAAAAUCCUCAUGCGUCGAAACGACCCUCCAGAGAUCUUAAAUUCACCGGAAAGUUCAGCAAGUGCGGUCUAGUGCGUUCGGUUCCUAAAAAUAUGGACCCAGGGACCAGAGUAAAGGAGCGCACGAGCUAACGGGCUCAGCCCCUCUGCUCUGGGGGUAACGCCCGUCCGAGGUGAAUGGGGCUGGGAGAGAGGUCUGUCACCUGCCAUCUGCUGCUGCCUUGCGGCGGUGGCAUUUUGUCAGCACUUGGGAACUUCCUGGCCCAGAUGAUUGAGAAGAAGCAGAAAAAAGAAAGCUGUUCUCAAAAGCUAGAUGUCAAUGGGCCUCUCAGAUAUGCCAUUUAUGGGUUCUUCUUCACAGGGCCGCUGAGUCACUUCUUCUAUCUCUUCCUGGAGCACUGGAUCCCUCCUGAGGCCCCCUGGGCCAGCGUCCAGAGGCUCCUCCUGGACCGGCUCCUCUUCGCACCCACCUUCCUGUUGUUGUUCUUCCUCAUCAUGAACUUCCUGGAGGGGAAAGACUUUGCCGCCUUCGUUGCCAAGAUGAAGAGAGGAUUCUGGCCGGCGCUGCAGAUGAACUGGCGAGUCUGGACCCCAGUGCAGUUUAUCAAUGUCAACUACGUCCCUUUGCAGUUCCGGGUGCUUUUUGCCAACGUGGUGGCUCUGUUCUGGUAUGCCUACCUGGCCUCUCUGGGGAAGUGAAGAUGUCCUGGAGAGAGUGUCAGACACACAGAAGAAGUGGGCGGGGGACGCUCACCUGCUUGGAGUGAGAGAGCAGGCUAGAUCAUGUAUUUAAGAUGCCCUCAAAUGAUGGAUGGAGAAAUAGCUGAGUAUCUUGAUAUCAGAAUCUUGGGUUUUAAAAAGGCAGUAGCUGUCCUCAGGUGGUUUUGACCUCAAAACUUAAAAUAGAGACCAUUUCACCUGUCACUUUGGAUUAAAUUAGGAUCACAAUAAACUCUAACGUAGCUUUUUCAGUAGUGAUUUUCAUUUCUCAGAAUAAUUGCUGUUGCUUUGGAAGAAAUGAGUGAUCAGAGGGCUGCCCUCAGAUUUUUUUAAAUGUUUGAAGUAUUGUAAAAUAUUUCACUGUAUUCCUGCUUAGCCCCCUGGCACCACGACUUUCUAGACCCCUCUAGACCUUCCUCUGACCUCCUAUUGCUCAUUUACAUUAACCCUCCCUCCUGGAUUUUUCACUCUCAGAACAUUCCUUCCUGAUAGUGUUCCCUCAUUUCAUGGAUCCAAUAGCCCUUUGGAUCUUAAUUAUAUUUUUUGAAAUUUU